CAUGAGUCAAAUCUAAUUUAUUUGUUAUUUGUCUACACAACAUUCAUCAAGUUGGAAUUUGGUUACCGAUUACAAUAGUUAAAUCCAACAAGCAAACGGUUCAUUGUGUCCCUUGUGUAAACAUGAAAAUCUGACACUUAGAGGUGACAAUUGUCCCCACCCAUUUAAAUAUCCAAUUAAUCUAGUUUAUUUAGAUAUCGUUUGCUUGUGGGAUUUGGAUGAUGUAUUUGACACCCAAAUCUCAAGCAUUAUGUAUUUGCCAAAAAAACAUUGUUUGUUGAGUUAUACAAAUUUUUGGGGCCACGGAUUUAGUAUUUUUUCUUAGCUCCAAAUCCGUGGACCCAGCGUAUUUGCAAAUACCAUAUUUCAUUUGGUUUUUGGUCAUGGAAGGCAAAGAUUUGUGAGUCGUGGUACAAAAACCUUUAAAUCCAUUAUAAAAAUCAACUAAACAAACAAUGUUAUCUUUCAAAUACAAAAUGCAACAAAUACAUCAUAAAUCUAAAGGUUUUCAAAACUCAAAACCUUCAUUUCAAAUCCAACAAACAAACGAGCCCUUAAUUCAUAUCCAAUUAGAUUGGUGGAUUCAGGUAUUGUUAACAAAUUAUAAUUUAAUACCCAUAUUUUAUAUAUUUUACAAUUUGGUGUAGAAUAGAAGAUGAGUUGGGUGUUGUCCGGGUAACUCGAAACGAAUUAUGAACCAAAAUAAACUUAAACUUGGGUUGGUCAACCGAACAUAUGUAUAUUCGGUUCAGACAAAUCAGAAGAUAUGGUUAGGGAUGACAAAAAUAGUCGUAAUAGUGGCUAUCCACCCGAAUCCGACCUAAUUGGGUAGGAUAAAACUCGGACCCGAUGGACUUAAUGGGUACGGGUAAAACCCAAACUCAAAUAUUGUGGGUAAUGGGUGGAUAUGGUUUUCUUACUAUUCAACCCGAACUCGCCCAAUUAUACUCAUGCCUAUGUAUUUUAUCUAGAAAUAAACAUUAUUUUUUUAUUAAUAUAUUUUAUAUUUAGAAUCUAAAUAUAAUAUUUUCAUGAAAUUGUGUUGUUUUAAUUAAUUUUCUUCAUUCUAGUGAAUUACUGUCAUAUUUUUCCUCUUAUCUAAUGUGAGGAUAUGUGUGAAUAUUAAUAUAUUGAUUGGAGUUUUAAUGAGAAAUUAUUAUUAAUGGAUAACCGUGGAUACUCGAAACCGGAACCGGUAUACACAUGGUUUUGAUUUUCUAACCAUUUCUUAUAUGAAUAUGAAUAUGAGUAAAACCUAAACUACUUUAGAAAUUUAGAUAGUAUAACAAAUAUACACUAUUCACUCCCGACCCAAACCGUUACCAUCAACUCGGCCUAGAUUGUAACCGACUUGACUCAUAUUUCGAUUACUCAACAACCUAAUUAAGCCAUAAUCGUAUAAUGUAUAAUCCGAAUAUCCAUGUCUAAUUGACCUACAACCCAAUUAACCUAAAUUGGACUGUUUAUUUUCGGAAAUAACGCAACCGUUCCAGAACGAACCCCGUCUCUCAAUCUCGACGUUUGUCGUCUGCACGGAGAUCCUCCUCCUUCCUCAAAACCUAAAGAAACGUUAGGGUUUCCCCUCUGCAUCGAUCGGCGGCCCUAGAAAUGGAUCUGGAAGUUGUUGGCCGCCACGCGCUGCUCUUCGACGACGAUGCCAUGGCGGAGUUCACCAACUCCGCAAAUGCCCUCGUCGAAUGGAACUCUCUCUCAAUCGACCGCUACGACGUCCGUCAUCUCCUUACCGGCCCUCUUCCGCCGCGUGCUCGUCGGCGACACCACCAGGACGAUGCUCUUGAAUCGGAGCUAGAUCGCGAGCGCUACCAGGAUUUGCUGUCGAUUCCCGAUGAGCAAGACUUGGAAAACGAGGCAGAACUGCCCAACAAUGGUGGCUAUCAUUCAGUAGCAUUUUCAUAUGGGGAGACCCAUUCAUCUGACGACCACAAUAAUGUGGAUGCUGAAUGUGGUUUUCGUCCACCAUUCUCAGUGCCUGAACACAUGGUUCAGAAGCUGGUAAGUGUAAAUUCAUACUUCUAAGUGCUUUUGGAUUCUUUUAUUCUUCUAAUGUGAUUGUUUGUUUGAUACUUGUCCAGUGCGGCGGUGUGGUAGUUGUCUAAGGUGCAUAUGUUAUUCUAAGGCUUACCAUGUCUAAGUUUCAGAUGCUCGGAGCAGGAAUUGGACUUCUUCAAGGUUGUCACUCACAGGCUCCUUGUCUUCUUUUGAUGUCUUGACUCUUGACAAGGGGCCCUAAAGGUGGGAUUAGGAUGACAGAAAUAUAUUACAUUCUCAGCCUAUCAGGAAUUAUUGGGUAGAGAUGAAAUGGUUGAUAGACGACUUGUAACAGUAUGCAUAUUGAUCUUUAUUGUUAUGUGGAUAUGUACCUCAGGUGUUCCCUAGUGGGAUUCUUUAGUAAGAUGUCUGCUUUCCUGGGACUCAAGGAUUACAAUUGUCAUUGCUGACAGGAACAUGUUUUACCUUUGUGUUCUCUGCCUUUUCAGCCACCUACCGAAAAGGUACAUCAGAUCAUUGCAAGGACUGCCUUGUUUGUGCACACUCACGGGGGCCAGUCAGAAAUUGUUUUGAGGGUGAAACAAGGGGACAAUCCAACAUUUGGAUUCCUGAUGCCUGACCAUGAUCUUCAUCCAUACUUUAGGUUCCUUGUUGAUCAUCAAGACCUUAUGAAGUCUGACAUCAAAAGCAAGUCUGUGGAAGAAGAGAAUAGUUGUAGGAGCAGCCUUGAAGAGACUGGUGGGGCUUUGUCUUUGCUUGGCUCAUUAUAUGGAUCAGCAGAGGAUGAAGAAGGUGCUUCUGAGAAUGCAUUAUCACUUAAGAAAAAUGACCUCGAGGAGGCUGUUGAUCCAGAUAAAACCACAGUUUCCGCAGGAUUGCAAGAACUUGAUUCUUCUAUACUUGCUGCUGCAAGAGAUGAGAAGUCUGUCAAGCAUCAUAUUCCUUCUUUGAAAGAUGCACCUAAGGUCAUAAGAAGAAACCAUAGCAUUAGCACAGUGAAGGCAGGAACCAUUCACGGGUUCAAGAAAGAAGGUAGUUCAUCAGGCUGUGUUCCCUCCACUGUUGACAAAGUGCAGAAUUCUAGUUCAAGCAACCUCUGUAAGCCAGAACUACCAAUCGUGGAGCCUCCAUCUGAUAUGAAGAGAGUAGUCGAUAAGAUAGUUGAGUUCAUUCUCCGAAAUGGGAAAGAAUUUGAAGCAGUUCUUGUCCAGCAGGAUGCUAAACAUGGGAGAUUUCCCUUCCUUUCGCCAUCAAAUCAGUAUCACCUAUAUUACCUAAAGGCUCUUCAGAAGGCUCAAGAGGUGCGCGCUUGGUUUCUUCUAUUGUCCCUCUUUCUGACUAUCCAUCUUUCCCCCCCUUUUCUCCAUCAAUUGAAAUUUGGUUGGAAAAGUAUCAUUAGAAGUAUGUGUUUUUGGUGUCUGACUAAACCAGGAUGCUCUUUCCAGAAAAAGCUUUCAGUAGACUGGUUGUUUGUUGGUGUCUAACUAAACCCAUUUGCCAUACUAAUGGUUGCUUUUACUGUUUCAUAAAUUUUGAUGUUAUUGUCUUAUUCCUGCUCUAUGGUAUGUAUUUCAAUCUCAGUGGUUAACUGAUGGCAGUUUCCGAGGGAUUUCCAUCCGAGGAAGCAUUCUUGUUUUGACGUUUCGUGGAUUUAGAUUCACCUGUGUUUGAUGACUGAUUAGUGAGGGUUUCAAUUCACUGUUGUUUUCUUACUUCAUAAAUAUGCUCUAUGUUUUUGUCAAAUUUAACUGCUUUUCUUUUUUGUUAUGGACCCCAGCAUAUACAAUAAUUUACUAGUUUGUGC